AUGGCCCUAGUGCCACUGCUCGGUACUGUUAACGCUUUGCCCCAGGCUACUAGUACUUCUGCCACCACAACAAUCUCCUCCGGGGCCGCGGUGACUGCAACUGGUAACCCCUUUGAGGGACACCAGCUUUACGUCAACCCGUACUAUAGCUCUGAAGUGAUGAGUUUAGUUGUACCAUCCAUGACCGGGUCCCUAGCAGAGCAGGCAACCCAUGCUGCAGAGGUCCCAUCAUUCUUGUGGCUGGACACUGCGGACAAGGUCCCCAAGAUGGGCGAGUUCCUGGCAGAUAUCAAAAAAAAGAAUGACGCAGGAGCCUCCCCUCCAGUUGCUGGUAUCUUUGUCGUUUAUGAUCUUCCUGACCGUGAUUGCGCCGCACUAGCUAGUAACGGAGAGUACUCCAUCGCCGAUGGUGGUGUUGAAAAGUACAAGGCGUAUAUCGAUUCCAUUCGCGAGCUUGUUGUGCAGUAUUCCGACACCAAGAUUAUUCUGAUUAUCGAACCCGACAGCUUGGCCAAUCUGGUUACCAACCUGGCCGUGUCCAAGUGCGCCAAUGCCCACGAUGCCUACCUCGAGUGCACCAACUACGCUAUUACUCGGCUUGAUUUACCCAACGUCUCCCAGUAUCUCGAUGCUGGUCAUGCUGGUUGGCUUGGAUGGCCGGCCAAUAUCGGUCCCGCAGCCAAGCUCUAUGCCGGCGUAUAUACGAAUGCAUCUUCUCCUGGAUCAGUCCGUGGCCUCGCGACCAACGUUGCCAACUAUAACGCUUUCAGCAUCGGCACCUGCCCCUCUUACACCUCAGGGAAUAACGUCUGUGACGAGAAGAGCUACAUCAACAACUUCGCUCCUGAACUAUCUGCCGCUGGUUUCAACGCCCACUUUAUCGUCGAUACCGGUCGAAACGGAAAGCAGCCCACUGGCCAGAACCAAUGGGGUGACUGGUGCAACGCCAAGGGAACGGGCUUCGGUGCCCGUCCAAGUACUGAUACCGGUGACAAUUUGGUCGACGCAUUUGUCUGGGUCAAGCCUGGUGGUGAGAGUGAUGGCACCUCUGACAAUUCUGCAAAGCGCUAUGAUGCCCACUGUGGCCUUGCUUCUGCUCUUCAGCCCGCUCCUGAAGCUGGCACCUGGUUCCAGGCCUACUUCGAGCAGCUGGUUGCCAACGCCAACCCUCCUCUUGGUAGCUAAGGGGUUGUUUCUCGUUUCUCUUUUGCUUAGGUCACAUCUCUUGCAUAACAUUCAAGGAGUUCAGUGAUUGUUUCAGAAGAUGUGUAAAUAACAGAUUUUCUUCCGUAAAUGUGAUUUUGCUGAAUGAAAACAGCAUCAGCA